UUCGCCGUCGUCGCCAGGAGAAAAGGAUUGGGAACCAGGUGCUUCUGCUCUCCUCAUCUUGCCCUUCGGGGUUUUUAUUGCUUUACGGUUAUACAAUCUACCCACUGUCGUUCUUUUUUGGCGAAGUUGGCUCAUUCGACCUCAUCAAAGGCACGGUUGUUGUCGUCGGGUUCAAUUCCGGUCCUGUUCGUCUAUCCCCUCCGCCAAAAAAAGGCUGCCUCCCCCGCCUCACUGAAAGAAGGCAGUGGGAGUCAUCAAUUCAAUGAAUUGUCUGGUUUUGUGAGAAAUGUCUUCCAACCCGGGCCAGAUUCCAACCUCUUCCAAAGCGGUGAAUAUUCCGAAUACAUCACCUUCUGCGACAUUUCAUUCAACUUCCUCGAUUGACGGAGGCCACCAGCGACGCCCGGGAGGCUCUGGCAGUUUUGGGGCAGGGUUCAACUCGAAGAGUUCAACCUCUGCAAGAAACAACCAGGCCCGGAAGGGUCAACACAAACGGCAGAGACGCCCCCGAUUGUUGGAUGAUGAUGAGUAUAACCAGUCUGCCGCCAUGAGAUCAACAACUAGCCGAAAAGGACAGACGUCCAUUACUCAUUUGAUGAACUUUUCUCUUCCCCCUCGUCCUCAAAACCAUUCUAUACCACAUCGUAAUCCUCGUCGGUAUGCGUCCUGGGGAUACCAUGUUGUAGAUAAAGCUCGCUAUGUCCACGCAAACUAUCGAUUUAUUGUGACGCCAAAUCGUGUUUACAAGGCCCACGCGGCAAACGCCGAUGUGCAUUUGGACUGGGACUCGGUUCUUCAAGUUUUAGUCUCGGCUCAAACUCAAGAUGCCAGUUGUCCUAUCUGCUUAUCUACGCCCGUAGCUCCGCGAAUGGCUCGAUGUGGACACAUAUUCUGUCUACCGUGUUUAAUUCGUUAUAUGCACUCGAACGAUGAAGAAAAUCCCGGUCCCGAAAAGAAGGCUCGUUGGAAGAAGUGUCCUAUUUGCUGGGACUCGGUCUAUACCUCGGAGACUCGACCUGUCCGAUGGUUUCGCGGCCAAGAAGGCGAUCUUCCAAUUGAAGGAGGUGAUGUGGUAUUGAGAUUGGUGAAAAGAGAACCCGGAAGUACUCUUGCGCUGCCCCGAGAUGGUGCAGAGAGCAUUGGAUUUGGAGACGAUAUCCCUUGGUAUCAUGCUGCGGAGGUUGCCGAUUAUGCCCGAAUCAUGAAAGGAGGCGAAGAUUACAUGGUCUCUCAGCACGAUGCUGAAAUCGAAGACCUCCGGAAGCAGGAGCUGGAAGACGAACUUCUAUUCGGAGACGAGACAACUUGGACCCAAAAGGCGAUUGCUUCCAUCACGGACGCAAAACAGAAGGUGAAAGGCAUUGGAAACCCUCCGGAUGUUUCACGGCAACCCGCGGCAAAGAAACUUGCACGAGAGCCGAUCGCGGUCGAAUCUCCACCAGACGAGCUUGCCGUAAUGUAUACGUCGCAGCAUGCCAACAAAUCCGGAGAAAGCUCAUCUGCCGAGUCCAUUCCUUCAUCGUCGAGUGUAAUAGGCUCCGCUUCUACACCUGGGACAUCCGAUGAGACAGCUCGCCUGUCACAGGCAGUGGAUAAUGUCCACCUGAAUUCAGCAUCAGGCGCAAAGUCCAAGCAGAGGGAUCCUGGAAACGGUCGAUCGAAUGAAGCAGCUGGAUCUCAUCCUUCAGAUUCCCCGUACUACUUUUACCAAGCUCUGCCUCAGUUCUACUUGUCUCCUCUGGACAUUCGCAUUCUCAAGGCUGCGUUUGGCGACUAUUCGCUCUUUCCAGCCACGAUCCUACCUCGGGUGGAACAUAUCUCGACCGGACACAUUAUAGAUGACGAGCUUCGGAAGCGAGUGAAGUACUUGGGCCACCUGCCCCACGGAUGUGAGGUAAACUUUCUGGAGUGCGACUGGAGAGAUGUGGUUGUACCGGAGGUUCUCGAGCGCUUUCGCACAGAAACCGACAGAAGAAGAAAACGUAAUAAGGACAAGGAGGUCCGCGAAGAAAAAGACCGAAUUCGUGCGGAGCGAGAGGAGGACGACAAACGCUGGGCUGCGGCUCGUCGUAAGAGGCCCAGUAUUAGUACCAAUGACCCACCAUUCUCAGACCGUGAUUUCCAACCUCUGGCUGGCGGUGCUGACUCUUCAUUCUUUGAGGUUGGUUCCUCUUCUGCCUCUCCGCCUCGACCAUCAUCUCAAUUUGGGGCUCUGGCCUCGCCUUCAACCAGUCCACCGGGCUCUCGCACCGUAUGGGGAACGACGGCUGUCACUCCACUUACAAAUCCAUCCGAGUCUGAAGCAGGUGUUGCAAAUGAUGGAUGGUUCCGUGGCUGGGAGGAUGAGUUAUUAGCCCAGCAGGAAAGUGAACUGAUCGCCCAGACCGCUGCGGAAGCAAGCAAUCCUUCUUCCUCAACGGGCGGGAAGAAGAAGAAGAACAAGAAGAUUACGCUUAUGUCGACUAACAUUCAAAGAGGAGCAUGAGCGAAGUUCUGGCGCAAACGCAUACCAUUUAUGGUAUUUUUUUAUCGAUCUCCAGGGCGCAUUCGAAUUGAUAUAUUUCCGGUGGUGUGGGCGAUAACGAGGUGUACAAUUGGCAGGACAUGGGCAUGGGAGUCAGACGGUUUAUUAUCUCAGCGUAAUAUUGAUCAUAUACAUCGACUCAUAUAUGGAAGAAAAUAUAGAAGUCUUUUUCUAUUUCUCUCAUGCCCACUGGCAAACAUUGGCCAGGUGUCAUCUUCUACUCCAUUCAUCCAUGUACAACAGUAGUCAAAACCAGGCCUUUACAGCCACACUCUAACAAAUAUUCGAUGUACCAUGAAUAUUAGGCUCAUUCCAAUGCUCACAAGAUGAGCUUCAUGUCUAGAGAAUCAAUCCAGCAAGGGAGAAAGAAC